AUGCCGAGUUUUAGAGAAAAUAGAAAUGCUUUGCUAAAUGCUCAUGAUGAAGGUUUUAUUGACGACGAAGAGUUCUUAAUGCUCUAUGAUGUUAACAGAUCAACAAAUCUUGAUUUGCCAUAUUGGGACUACGAACAAUUUGACCUGGAUAACCUUUGCAACGAUGAGUGUAAAGCUGAGUUUCGUUUCUUAAAAAAUGACAUAUACACGCUUUAUGAAGUUUUGCAAAUCCCAGAAGAAAUGAAAUGUGUCAAUGGUUUUAAAGUUUUGGGUCUGACUGCACUUUGUGUUCUUCUCAAAAGAUUUGCAUAUCCUUGCAGGUAUUUGGAUAUUAUGCCUAGAUUUGCCCUAUCUGUCCCACAACUUUCAAUGAUAAGCAACCUUGCUAUGAACUUUGUUUAUGAUCGUUGGGGUCGUUUACUUCAAACAUUUGAACAAGAAUGGCUUUCACCUGCAAACUUACAACAAUAUGCCCACACAAUUCGUGAUCAUGGUGCACCUUUACCAAAUUGCUGGGGAUUCAUAGAUGGUACUGUAAGGAGAGUUUGCCGACCAGGUCAACACCAAAGAGUAUUAUACAAUGGCCAUAAAAAGGUACAUGCCAUAAAAUUCCAAUCUGUCGUAGCACCUAAUGGAAUGUGUGCUAAUCUUUAUGGCCCUGUAGAAGGAAAACGCCAUGAUAGUACCAUGCUUGCAAGAUCACGAUUAUUAGAAUCGCUUCAACAACAUUCAAGGGCACCUGAUGGUUCUAUUCUUUGUAUUUACGGUGAUCCCGCAUACCCCUUACGUCUGCAACUCCAGGCUCCAUUCAGAGGAGCACAAGUGAACGAACAACAAAAGAACUGGAACAAGGCUAUGAGUGUUGUUCGUUGUUCUGUUGAAUGGGUGUUUGGUGAUAUUCUGAACUAUUUUAAGUUUUUGGACUUUCACAAAAAUCUGAAGAUUCAAUUAAGUGCUGUGGGGAAAAUGUACAUUGUGUGUGUUCUAUUACAGAAUUCAAGGUCUUGUUUCUAUGGCUCAACCACAUCUAACUAUUUUGAGUGUCCUCCACCAUUAAUUCAAGAAUACUUCAGCUGA